AUGAAGGGGCUUCUAUACUCUGUGAUCACGUCGGUGCCAUGCUCUUUGCUCCGUGGCAGCUGGCUUUGGCGGUCUGGUCAACCUCCCACGGCUUCAUCAAGGGCAGCGGGUGACUGCAGCUUGCAAGCAGCUUGCGAGUAUCUGCUCAGGCCAUCAAAGCUGAGCGAGUAUGACCACCAAGGUCAACGGCUUUGCACUUUGCGAGCCCCUUCAUCAAAGCGACCCAAAACUGAUAAGAGCCAUCACAACCAGGUAUUCCAAGCUGAGCCAUCGAAAGCAUUGCGUGCAGGUACAUGGUAUGUAUUGACCCCACUGUUCGUCGUUGCAGCUUCAUCCACCUUCUCUUCGACAAUCCUAACAAAACCCACAACCCAAGGCGGCCCUUCCGCCUCUUCAAAGGCAAGCAACAAGAACUGCUUCAAUUGCAAUCUUCCUGUCGACGUCCGCCUCCAUGGUCAUUGUGGCAUGUCUGGACGAACCGGUAACUCGACACCUUCAUAUUGGGUACGACUUAACUCACGACCAUCCAAGUCCGCGCCACAUGACCCUUCAGGUAUCCUCCCUCCACUUCCUCCCCGAUCGCCACACGCGGCGCGCCAUGAAAACGCCAGCCAAAUUUAUCGUUUUCUCCAUUGUCCGGGCGCUGUCGAGCAUCUAUUAGAGGAGGGUGAGCAGAUUCCGCAUCAGAGCAGCGGACACCAAGCAACCUGCAAUGCUGAAGCUGAUCAAGUUCAUCGCCAUCCACCACCGCUGGACGCAAAAAUUCAGAAGCGGGCUUCUGUGGGCGCGGCAGACUCCGGGAGUGCGAUGGUUGAAUUGGAUCCAGAAACAGGACAGAUACGGGCGAAGCAAAUACUGGAACUGCGAAGGGGACAGCGCUCGGACAGCUCCAUUGUCUGGGCGCUGUCGAGCCCCUAA